AUGUCUCACUCCGCGUUGGGGAUCGCAGAAACGAUCCAGAGCGCCUCCAUCAAACGUCAUCCGUCACCACGACACGACAUCAAUCCGUCCACAGCCGCUUCGGAAAAAGUGCCCUACGAAGAAGCGGACCCAUCGGAUGCAGCUAGUAUCACUUCAGAUAUUCUUGAUCAACCGGUUCUUCGACCCGUUGCGCGCAGACGAGAUCUUCCUCCGUUGCCGGAUUUGAGGUUUGAGCAGAGCUAUCUAGCUAGUCUGAGAGGUGCGGAUACAUGGCAGCGCGUUGCUUGGAUUACUGUUAGGGAUCAGGUCCUUCUACCCUUGAUCCAAGGUACGUUCUGGACACUCGGCCUCGAGGGCUGGCGAUUUUGGAAUCGCAAUGCCCAAUACCACGGAAAUUCGCUCGGCACACGGCUGCGACGAUGGUGGUAUUCGGUGAACAAUUGGCCUAUUCCCCCUCCGCGACUCAAAUCGGACAAGAAGUUUGCUGAGCGAGUGCAAGACUUUUAUACUGCACAAUUCUCGAGCGAUUGA